GUCGCUGAAGGUGGGAACUUAGGACUUCUACCUAUCAACGUGAUGUUUUGUCUUUGGGCCGUGAGUGCCCUUCUUGCCCUCAAGGUGACAGCAGCAUUGACGGCUGGGUCCUCUUUGAGUUGCAAAGAAUCAAUGCAACACAACACAAUAUCGUUGUUCAGCCAUGCCCCCUUGACCUUCUCCUACGAGGUCCCUAACAACCUUGCCUGUGCUGCGAAAUGUGACGGGAUAUCUGGAUGUCGCGCCUGGCUGUAUUCCAGUUCUGGCCAGGAAUGUCAACUAUAUCGCGAAGAGCCAGUAUUCCAGGCACACAAUCCGCAUUUUAUAUCGGGUCUUUGUGACGGAGUCUCUAUAUCAUCUUCUAAGGCCGCCGUUUCGUCAUUGAUAUCAGCAUCAUCGAGUCAGCCUUCGAUCUAUCAACAACAACCCGAGCCGAGUGUCCACGCAAAACGCGACUGGUCUGGUCGUCGCUCUCAUUAUCAUGGUCAUAGAAACAGCCAUGAGCAUCAUGUGUAGCAUGAAUUUCUCCCUAGGGACACUUCCUGAAUCAUCGAGUAAAGGAAGCUUCGAGCGAGUGUUGUGGAAAUUUAUCCGAGAAUGGCUGCACACCUGCCGCGAGGGCACACUAUCCAUAAUUGCGGAGUAGAAAUAAUUUUACAUCCAUACUUCGUACACGAGCUUGGAUUUACA